UGACUGUUAUUAUUCCCACUCGUAAUCUCUCAAUAUAAAAGACAUAAUUUCUUCACACCAAUCAGUUCGAGAUCAACGUCUAACAGAAACAGAUGCAAUGAUAUCCCGAAGCGCAGCCAUCCUUCUCCUGUUACCUCUGGUCAUCCACGCCAGGAUCAAAGUCACCAUCAUCGCCUCCGACAAAGAUGGCGAUAGACAAAUACACGUCGCCGGUACUGACGCUGACACCAUCAGUGAUACUGAGGUCACCACCUUCGACCUCACAGAUGAGAAUCUGAAGAACAGCAUCCAUGCUUACACCAACGAACACCCCGACGACGCUUUCCUCAAGAGUCCUACACCGUGGGGCGAUCUUUACAAAACCUACAACUGGCCAGAGGUCACCAGGGUCCUUACUCCACUGAGGGCGAAGAUCUUAUCCGUCACAAACCAUCCCGCGGUUUUAACAACCCACGUGUACAACAACACCACUCCGAAGACUUCGACUUUCCCCGCCAAGAUCCAUGAAGAUGUCCACAACACGCUCACUUCUAUUUGGGAAACGACAGGCGAUUUGACGCCGCAAGACAUUGAUUAUGAGUUUGAUAUCAAAGCUGAGUCUUGGGACAAUCACGGCUUUACUUACGCUGCUAAAUGGGGUCAAGAGGUAGUCAAAACUCAAAUGUUUACAGUUGGACUGGAAUCUGGUGCUCCAAUUACUCUUGAACCGAAGCAAAGUGCGGUGGCAGAGCUCCAUGUUACUAAGAACAUGAUGAGAGUCCAGCUGGAUUACGAAGCCACUUUAACUGGAUCUACGGCUGCACACUUUAGCAAGGCUCACAAAGGUCAUCGUUUUUGGGCCUUUGCUGUUGACGCGGUGAUGGCUGCUGGAAAUAUGAGGAGGUCUGUGAAGAGUUCAGAGGCGAUCCAAAUUGUGUAUUACACUGAGCCUAAGCUGAUUGUGAGGAAAAUGGAAACUAAUGAAAUGAUGUUCUCUACUCCAAUGAAGUUUUACUAAUAUGUGCUGUCGAAUAAAUUAUUUAUAUUAUUUUUCUAAACUUC